AUGAAUCGUUUUUAUCCCAUCGAAUAAUAUCUAAUUUCUAGUUUGCAGGAUUUGUCAAAUCAUCAAAGUACCGUUCCUUGUGAAGGAAUAAAAAUCAUAGUUUAGAAAUUUUAGCCUUUCUUGCUCGUAUGCUAUCUUGAUAGGAAGGAAAUAAAAAUCCCAUCUUAAAUGAUGAUUGAUGAAAUCAAAACUAAAACCUAGGGCCUUGCCAAUAAUUUUCAAAACCCUUACCAACAAUGCCAGUUGGUAAUACUUCCUGCUUCUUAUGUUUUAUUAGAUCCUUAUUAUCAUUAUUUUUUGCAAUGGGACAAUAUCAGAUUUUUGAUAUAAUUGUUUGUCUUCUUUUCAGAACGUUUUAGAAAUAUUAUAGUCAUCAUUAAUAAUUCUUUUUCCAAUAUAUUGAUUCCUGAACUCCUACAACAAUCAAUUCAGCAUUUCAAUUAUACAAGUCAGGACUGUUUACCUUGAUUUCUAUACUUGCUUUUACUUCCUCAUUAAGGAAAGGUUUCAGUUGAACUAUCUAAUCAAAGAUGCUUAAACAUAUUAUGAAAACACGAAUGUUGAUACAGAUAUAUACAAGAGCAUGUUGUUAUGUCAAAUAUCCUUUUUGUUUGCAGCUACUGGGAUUUAGUAUGGAAUGAACCUCAGGGUUCUGGUAUAUUUGACGUGUGAGUAGUUUCUUCAUGGUGGUAUUUUUCUUGUUCACUAUCUUAUCAAGUACUGAGCCUAAAUAGGUUAACGCUAAAUGGCUAAAAGGAUUGAGGGGACACAUUCUGAACUCAUAUAUCAAGACGAGACUCAGAUAGAAGUGUCCUUCACAAGGAAGUGGGAACCAUCACUCCAAGGCAAGCAUGUCCCUUUAAACAUAGACAAAAGGCAUGUAGGUUUGUUGUGCUUUGUGGCUGCUCAGGAUUUUACACUUAUGGCAUCUAUGAGCACCUAGAAGGAUGGCCAGACUUCGAUAUGGCAGAGACCAGGGUAGCUUUCAAGCUUAGGAAAGACAAGUUUCAGUACAUGGCAAUAGCAGGUGAUAGACAAAGAUUCAUGCCAAUGCCAGAGGAUCGCAUGCCUAAUAGGUCACAGAAGUUAGCAUAUCCUGAGGCUGUUCUCUUAACUAACCCAAUCAAUAAUGAACUGAAAGCAGAGGUUGACGACAAGUACCAAUAUUCCUGUGAAGACAAAGACAUAAAAGUCCAUGGAUGGAUAUGUUUCAAACCUCCUGUUGGAUUUUGGCAAAUCACGCCCAGUAAUGAGUUCAGAACAGGAGGCCCAGUCAAGCAAGAAUUAACAUCUCAUGUUGGUCCAACAACACUUGCUAUGUUUAUGAGUGCUCAUUAUGCUGGGGUGGAUCUUGUGCCCAAGUUUAGGAAUGGUGAAUAUUGGAAGAAGGUUUUUGGUCCAGUCUUCAUCUACCUUAAUUCUGCUAUGGAUGAUACAGAUCCACGAGUUCUUUGGGAGGAUGCAAAACUUCAGGCACAAACGGAAAUGGAUAGUUGGCCAUACCAAUUUCCAGUUUCUGAGGACUUCCAAAAAAGUGAGCAAAGAGGGUCUGUUAUGGGGAGACUGCUCGUACAAGAUAAGUACAUAAAUGAUGACUAUUUAUAUGCGAAUGCUGCUUUUGUUGGUUUGGCUUUACCAGGUGAACCUGGGUCUUGGCAAAGAGAGUGCAAGGGAUACCAAUUUUGGACUAUGGCAGAUGAUGAGGGGAAUUUUUCCAUACAUAAUGUGAGAACUGGAGAUUAUAAUCUUUAUGCAUGGGUUCCUGGUUUUAUUGGAGACUACAAAUUAGAAAUAACAUUAACUAUUACUUCAGGUAGCCAAAUUGAUCUAGGUGAUCUAAUUUAUGAACCACCAAGAGAUGGUCCUACUCUCUGGGAAAUAGGCAUCCCUGACCGUUCUGCUGCUGAGUUCUUCAUCCCGGAUCCUAACCCCAACUUCAUCAACAAACUUUAUGUUAAUCACUGCGAUAGAUUUAGGCAAUAUGGCUUAUGGGAAAGAUAUGCUGAGUUAUAUCCUGACAGCGACUUAAUUUACACUAUUGGCGUUAGUGACUAUACAAAAGAUUGGUUUUUUGCUCAUGUUACCAGAAAGGCUGGAGAUAACUGUCAUCAACCAACCACGUGGCAAAUAAAGUUCCAUCUUGACACUAUCGAUAAAACUGGAAUGUACAAGCUUCGAGUGGCACUUGCUUCUGCCACGCUUUCUGAACUACAGGUUCGUUUCAACAACCCAACCUUGAAUCGCCCUCACUUCACAACAAAACUCAUCGGCCGAGAUAAUUCAAUUGCAAGACACGGAAUCCACGGCCUGUAUUGGUUGUUCCAUGUAGAUGUGCAUAGUUCAUGGCUUGUUGCUGGUGAUAACACAAUUUAUUUAACUCAGACAAGGUGUCAAAGUCCUUUUCAAGGGAUCAUGUAUGAUUAUAUCAGGAUGGAAGGUCCUCCAUGCCAACAAAAUAGGGUUACUCAUUAGCUAAUCAGAUUGCAGAAUUCAUACAUUUCCUAAGUUGCGUUUUCUUGCUAAGCUAGUAGACAAUCUCAAUGUAUAGAGUUGAAAGUGAAAGUGUGCUUUUUAGGUCAAUGAUUUGGCAAGAAACAAUACAAGCGGUAAAGAAUCUAUGUUACCCCUUUUUUUUCAGAAAUAUUAUUGGAAUUUAAAAA